GUUUGUCCACGCAAAAAACCUUACCUAGUUGACAUAUGCAAUAUCGGUCCAUGCAAAAACUUCACAAAUCUGUUGGUGCAUUUAUAAUUUUCUGCUAAUGGUGUGUUAAUUCAAACAGUGUAAUAAUUUGCAGUAGUUUAGAUAAGAAAAGAUGUUUUCCUUCAAUAACAUACCCAAUAAUUAUUAUAAGUAUGAAGUGGGGAGCUGUUCAGACUACUCUUAUGACGACAUUGUCGAGGGAGUUUUUGGUAAUUCACCAGCUGACGAGGCAAAAGCAUCGGCCGCCGCAAGCCAUAGCCAUAAGGAAGCCGAAAGGCGAAGAAGAAAGCGUAUCAAUAGCCACAUCGCCACUCUCAAAUCUCUUCUCCCAAAUGCAAUCAAGACGGACAAAGCUUCUUUACUAGGAGAGGCUGUCCGAACAGUACGAGAAUUGAAGAAAAAAAUCAUGCACCAAAUAACUCUUAAUGAUUCGUUUGUAAUCCCGAGCGAAACAGACGAGCUCAAAGUCUGCUACGAUUCGGGCCUGAUUCAGGCAACAGUGUGUUGCGAGGACAGGCCCGAUUUGAUGUCGGGCUUGAUUCGGGCCCUGGACUCGGUGGCGGCAAAGGUGGUUCGGGCCGAGAUGUCGACGGUUGGUGGGAGGACAAAGAUUGUUUUGUGGGUCCGUUUAGGCAGUAACGUUAACGAAAGCAGCUUCGCGAGUUUGGAGAGAUUAAGGAGAGCUCUGAAACCGGUGAUGGAUCACGAGUAGACUCCGUUCGACAUUUCCUUAAUUAUACAAUGAUUGAACUUUAUGAUUGGGUUUAAUUUUGUGUGUUUCAGUAUUGUGUUAUGUGGUAACUCACUUUUUAGCUUUUGCAGAGAUUGCAAUUGAGUUACUCUAUAUUGUGUUGUGUAAUCUUGCCACGAGAAAAGAGAAUGGAAGAAAGUGUAUUGGUUCAUUUCUUCUUAUUGUUAGUAUUGCAUUUAGUGUAUUGUAUUAAGAAAUGUAAAUUUCUUUAUAAUACUUAAUUGCAGAAAUCCUUCUCUUUUUCACCUGAUAAUGAGAUAAAUGUAUAUAAAGUUUGGCUGAGAUGUGUCGGGUAUCGGUAUUCUGAGUUUACGAGUAUUUUGAGGAAAACAAAAAGAAACAACCACCCUCUUUGCAAAAAUCGACUUGGGUUGCCUAUUGGAAAGAGUGGAAUAAAACGGAAUUCAAGGAGGUAUGUAGAAAAAGGUCGGCUAACCGUCGGACUGAGGUAAAUGCACC